AUUCAUUAAACAAUAUAAUAAAUUAACAGCAUAAAACAUUUAUGUCUAAACAAUACAGCAACUGCUAAAAAUAAUUAACAUAGUUGGUAACGCGUAACAGUGCAAUCAGGUGUUAACCAUCAACUGUAUGGACUGUCAACCGCAUUUAUCGAACAUGUUAUUUAACAAACAAUAAUAGAACAAUUUUCAAUAAAAUUUGAAAGGCUUUAAUUAAAAUUAUAACAAAAUGUCGUUAAUCCCACCAGCAGCAGAUAAAAACCCCAAACCACAAUUCUUUGAUAAUAAAGAAUUAGAUGAAGUGGCAAAACAUUUUAUUGGUAAUAUGCACAGAUAUCGUGAAAAUAUAGUUAUACCUAAAGGCAAUGGACCUGUUAAAAUCAAAAGUAAUGAAGAAAAAAUGAUAGAAAAUGCAGUUGAAAGUUGUAUUUUCAAAUCAAUCACUGCCUGCGUUAUGGGUUACGGUCUUGGUGCUGCAAUUGGUUUGUUUAGCGCUUCAGUAAAUCCAAACAUGUCUGAUCCAUUUGGAAAUGAAAAGAAGCAAACAGCGCGUGAAAUAUUUCGUGAAAUGCGCACCACCACACAUUCUUAUGCCAAAAAUUUUGCUAUGAUUGGUUGUGUGUUUUCCGGCGUGGAGUGUGCCAUUGAAAGUCAUCGUGGUGUUACUGAUUGGCGUAAUGGUACUUACGCUGGUGCUGUUACUGGUGGAUUAAUUGGCUUACGCGCUGGUAUAAAAGCUGGUCUUGUUGGUGCUUUAGGUUUUGCCGCAUUCUCAUCUGCUAUUGACUUUUAUAUGCACAGUAGAUAAAAUAAAAAUUUUGUUAUGUAGUUUAUUUUAGAAUUAUUGGUGUGUUCUUGAUGCAUAAUA